AAAAAAGGCAGUCCAAUUGUAAAUUGUAACUGUAAAAGAGCGUGGGUUUGGGUUUUUCAGUAUUUUGUUAUGAUGCGGAACCUUGUUGUGCGAGCUCUGAAAUUAAAAUCACCGGUACCGGCAGCAGCGCCGGCGAAAUUUACCUCGAGCGUGGCUAAUCUCGCUGGCGAUGACGAUGAAGAGCUGAACCUCAAUCUCAAUCUCGCUCGCACGCCGUCAGUUGCCGUCACUAAACCCUCCCUCCUUCAGCCUCGUGUUGUCGUCUUUGACGGUGUCUGUCGUCUCUGUCAUACCGGUGUUAAGUGGAUAAUUAAGGCAGAUAAGUAUGAAAAGAUCAAGUUUUGCUGCCUUCAGUCGAAGACUGCUGAACCUUAUAUGGAACUUUGUGGUGUCAAAAGAGAGGACAUGCUUCGCAAUCACCGCUUUAUAUUCAUUGAAGGUCUAGCCCAAUAUCAUCAAGCUUCCACAGCUGCAUUGAAAGUUUUGUCAUACUUGCCAUUCCCCUAUUCAGCAUUGACCUCUCUCUCCGUAAUUCCAACUCCACUGAGGGAUGCCAUCUAUGAUUACAUUGCUAAACAACGCGAUUGCGAGAAGGAACAUAAAUGUCUUGUUUUAAAGGAAGUGGAGAUGCUUCAACGCUUUAUUGACAGGGAAGAACUUCUCGACCAACUCUACUCUGAUUCAGAUGUCUAGUUGCCUUGCUUGCCUAGUUUCUUCAACUUAUCUUACUGGUAUAACUUGUAUAUAGUAGAGUAACAUCGACACUUAAGACACAAGGUUUGUUGUUUGUAAAUCAAAGGUACAAUACAAUACCAAACACUCCAAUUUUAUGUCAAUGGAAAACUCAGUUUUCAAA